AUGGGUUUUUAUCAUGCUAAGGAUAUUUGGGAUGCUUUAGAGAAAAAGUAUGGGUCUGAUGAUGCUUGUACUAAACGUUAUUGUGUUAGUAAGUGGUUGAGUUUUCAAGUUGUUGAUGAUAAGCCUAUUAUUGAUCAGAUUCAUGCUUAUGAGAAUGUGUGUAUUAUUAUAGCUACUGAAGGUCUGUCUAUUUGUGAUAUUACCCUUGCUGUUGUUCUGAUUGAGAAACUCCCUCCCUCUUGGAAGGAUUUUCGUAACCAAUUGAUGCACAAAAAGAAAGAGCUAACCUUAGAGGAGCUUUCCAAAGCUAAAAACACCCUUAAGCCUAAUGGGAAGGUUCAGAAGUACAAGUUUAAGGGAACCUAUUAUGAGUGUGAAGCUAACUUUACAGGUAAUGUUGCUGAGUGGAUUGUUGACACCAGGCACAUCUGCGCCAACAAGGACAUGUUCACUACCUAUGACAAGGUUGAAGGUGAAAAUGUCUUCAUGGGCAACUCAACUUCUGCUUCUAUCCAAGGCAAAGGGAAGAUCGUUCUUACUCUCACUUCUGGAAAAUUGCUUACUCUCACUAAUGUUUUGCAUGUUCUAGAAAUGUGCAGGAAUUUAAUUUCUAGCAGUUUGCUCAUGAAAGAUGGACUGAAGCUCUCCUUUGAUUCUGAUAGAUUAGUUCUUACUCGCAAUAGGGAUUUUAUGAAUAACUUAUACGACAACACAAUUUUACCAAUGAAACUUAACUUAAGGCUGAAUCUCAUAAACUUCAGGGAAUGGGAAAAGGAGUUGAGAAAUGUUCUCACAAGCCAUGGGCUUGAAUCUCGUUUAUACAUUCCUGUUGAGAGCAUAUACACAGAAAAGUAUGGAGCUGAAAGGCAUGCUGAAAUUGUUUCAGCUAGAGAAAAUCAGAGAGCUCAUUUUAAAAUCCAUUCCAACUUGUUGGAAAAGAAGAUUCAGGCACUAUGA